UAAUAGGCUUUGCUUCUGAUAUGUCAAUCACUCGAUGUGAAGUUGCUGACAUGUGCAGCCUCGCCCCGCCUCAUGGUUGGGUGCGCCUUCCGUGCCGACAGGUCCACCAUCCAGGAUUAUCAGGCAAUCGGGGUACUAACAAAGUUCUAGACUUCAUUCGGACACCAACACCAAUCCCGGAGGCAACAGACAGCUACCAAGUUUCCCUUCAGCUUUUCCUGUCUCAUACAGCCGCGAGUUCAUUUCGAUGGUAGCGCCUGACACAAUGACGUCGUGGCACUCUGCUCCGCGGUGCUCGCUGGUUCAGCAAACGAAGGCCGCCGCGCACUCGAAGGAAGGCGCGAUGACGGCCCUCAUAUAUUCACUCGCACUUGAUCUGCUGGAUGGGAAUGUUCAAAUACUCAUCCAGUCCCCGAACAUUAUCGUUACAUUAAUAACACCUAGUAAUGCAGCCUACGCACGUCGCGCAUAACUAACCGACGCCCUGCGCCACCACCCAUAUGGAUAUCCAGAAAGAGCUCAUUCAGGUCGACGAACUGAACAUCGGGCUCGAUCGAUCACACAUCACUUACCAAGGGCAAAUUGAACUACCCGGAAACCACUCCGGAAGUAGCAGUGACGACAUACCUCACUCACACGAUCUCAACAGAAGUACGGAGGAUCAUGUUUCGUCAAACACGUCGUCUACUAGCAGGAUAGUCAACAAGGUUCGGCAGAAGAGACAUAAUGCCGGUGUCAAGAUUAGAAAGACCCUGCAUAUCGCAAAGCCAGAAGAUGAGGCUGAGGAGCCCGAUCCAGAUUCGAUAGUACUUGUUGAUACUACCGAAAUAAAGGAAUCGAACUCACGCCUUGACCACAAGUCUACAGCAUCGGAGAAGCACACACUGAAGGACCUUUUACACAACCCGAUCGACACGGUGAAAUCUGCAGGAUGGUGUCAGGGAAAUCAAGAAGUUGCAGCAAACAUAGCUGUAAGCGAAAUUCCUCAUGGCCGGGAGGUGGAUUUGGUCAACGUAGCGACUGCUGUGAACCAGGCCAAGACAGGAGCUGAGAAGGCGCAAGCUCAAGAGAAUCUUGCUGAGAUGCUCAACCAGCGGCAAAGUACUUAUGUUCGAUGGUCGCUCGAUCGACAUGUUACCAAGAUUAGAAUACUACCACGCGACACAGCGGUACUGAAGCCUAGGUCGGACUUUGAAAAAGAGGAUACCGCAGGCCGUACCGUUACCGACUGGAGAGCUUAUGGCUCGCACUUACUAGACUAUUACGCUCAUCGGUACGGUGGACAGUAUAUUGGAUUCGGCUCUGAUCCACCGACACCCUCCAAGGAAACAAUCAUGCCAAACAUUGAGCGCCUCAUUGUUGCGACAUCACCGUUCCAGGAGUUCAUCAUGACCACCCGUCGUGUGUACAGAUGGGAGUACCCUGUCGAGACAACGAAGUACCUCGUAAUUUACAUCGUCCUUUGGUAUCUGAGCCUCCUUUUACCAGGUGCUCUGUCAGUAGUAUUAUAUCUGGUCGCAGAACGUCGCUUGCACGGACAGUCUAUCGAGGACCUCCGCGAAGAUAUCAAACACCGCGAAGACGUGGAGAGAACAGCGCUCUCGCUCACCGAGUUCAUCGAAAAACAAGGCGAUGAGAACUGGGCGCACGAUCUCCUCCAAGAUCUCGGUCCCUGGCUCAUGGUUCAGCUAGCCGAUCUAGCAAACUUCUUCGAGAGCGUCCGCAACUUCUACGAAUGGAGAAAGCCAACGCGCACACUAGCCGUCCUUGUAGUCCUCGCUACGGGUAUUCUUAUCACAGUCUUCACGCCUCUCUGGCUGCUCAUCAAAGUCUCCACAUUCUCCGCUGGUUUCACCUUCUUCUGCCUCUUCCCCAUCUCCGUCAACUUCCCAAACUACCGCCUCCUCGUCUCACCUUCAAAACGUCUGUUCUGGAAUAUUCCAACGCACGCUGAGUGGGCAAUUCAGUACAUGCAAGCCGAAGGUCUCCGCGUCGUCACUGAGAAGCAGAAUGCUAGCGCGAACAUGACCACCCUGACGGAUACGAAUAGUCCUGACGCUGCUGCCUUAUCGGAAGGGCAGGACUUUGCCUCGUAUUCCUGCCAUUACGAUGGAUCGCCAGGACGUCUCAUCAUGAACCGUACAGGAGUACGUUUUGUCGCAAAGGGUCCAUUGCACCAAGGCCUCUUCUCUCUUCCGUAUGAUCGGAUUGGCUAUCUAGAGAAGCAAGACCGACAUGUGGAAAAGAUGGUCAAAGUGCUCAAGGAGUGCGAUAAGGACUUGCGUCUCGUCGAUAGAGAUGAGCAUGAGUGGAUACUGCACGAAGUGGAAAAGAGGGAUGAGGCGUUUAGUCAGAUUGUUGGAUUUAGUCGAACAAGUUGGCAGGUGAUUUGGUAAUCGUAGUUCGUAUUUCCCAGAUGUCCAUCUAUCAGACACAAGAGCACACGAAUCUCAACAUC